UGUUCGUUACAGUUAAAAGCAACAUUUAUUUAUUUUUCCUUCUCUCUCCGUAUGAUAUGUGUCAUUAAGAAGCAAUUGUUAAUAUUAAUAUAAUAUAUGGUUCCCCAACCAUAGGAAAAAAAAAAAUACAAGGAGAAGAAAAAAAAAAACAGAAAGAGUUGGUUGGUUAGCAGUUGAAUCUCCUGGUUUCUGGUUUUGUGAUCUCUUCUGAGGUUGUUGUUGUGGCAUGGCGUACAGGAGAAGGCAAGGUAUAUCCAAGUCUUCCACCUUCAAGGAAGAAUUUCAUGAUCCAUCAUUGGAAGAUGACAAUGCUUCUCCUUCAAUCUUCUCAUCUUCUUCAACACCACCACCAUCAUCUCUCGCUGCUCAAGCCAUCAAAGCUGCUGCUUCUCGUCGUGAACCUUCUCUUUCCUUUGCUUUUGCCCCCGCCGAGUUUGACCAUCAAAGAUCCAAGAGCUUUGGGGCUUAUGGAAAUGGCAACUCCAAGUCUGGUGGUUUCUGGGGUGUGAUUGCGCAGAAAGCCAAAUCAAUUCUGGAUGAUGAUAAGCCAACCCCACAACAUGACACCAUGCCUCAAACCCAAACGCUCAAGUCACACUCAUUUAAUACCUUUUCAGAUCCUUCUGCAGUUCAGAACUCCCCUUCACAAUUCAAGCCUGGAUAUGAAUCCCUUGACUCGAGUAGAAAAAUGGACAAUCCUAAAUUUCGGAAGGGCUUGGAUAAAAUCACUUCGUCCCUCAAUCAACUAGGUGACACUUUUGAGAAAGCUUUUGAGGAAGGCCGAACAAUUGUGGGGAGUAAGACAGCAGAUCUGAGAACUCAAAUAAGGCGAAAAGGAAGUAACUUUGGGGACACAAACCAAACUUCAGAUUUGAGAAAUCCGUUUCAAGAAGCAGACCAGACACAGACUCAAUCUAGCCAUGAAACAAAACUCAAGGCAUCACGCGACGUGGCAAUGGCAACAGCUGCCAAAGCAAAAUUACUUCUUCGCGAGCUAAAAUCCGUUAAAGCAGAUUUGGCUUUUGCUAAAGCAAGGUGUGCUCAACUUGAGGAAGAGAACAAAGUACUCCGGGACCGAGAGGGCAGCGAUAAGGGACAGAACCGUGAAGAUGAUGAUCUGAUAAGGCAUCAAUUGGAGACACUUCUAGCUGAGAAGGCUCGUCUGGCAAGCGAGAAUGAGACAUAUUCUCGGGAAAACCGUUUCUUGAGGGAAAUUGUGGAGUACCAUCAGCUGACUAUGCAGGAUGUGGUGUAUAUAGAUGAGGGCAUGGAAGAAGUCAAUGAAGUUUACCCUGUGGAUGACAGUAGGAUCACACGGUUACUAUCUGUCUCUCCACACUCAUCUGAUGAGGAUGUUCUGGUCUCACCAAGUCCACCUAUGCUGUCAAAAGAAAUAUUUACUGUGCCGGAAGAAGAUAGUAAGAGCAUAUCAAAAGAUGGGGCUCCUUCUACUGUCUCAGUUUCUCCACAUACAAAAUGAUCUCUUUUCUUUCUUUUUUCUUUUCUUUUCUUUUCAUGGUUUAGCCUUAGAUUAGGUUCUCUUGUUUUGAGGAAAAUGUGUAUGCAUGCUUUUGGAACGUUUAUUUAUUUAUUCUACCUUGUUGCAAUGUGAGGAAGAGAGUGAGGUAUAUGAAGAGAAAGCCAUAUAUGUUUUGUUUUGUGUGUGACUUUCCUUUCAUGGUAAGGUUGGUUUGCCAAAAGCAAAAAAAAAUGUAUUGAUUGAUCAUAAUUUUUUUUGGAUUUUGACCUAUUAUGAAUAUGAUUGAUA